AGGCUGAGAGGAGAAGGAAGGAAGCUCUUCGCGAGCGUAGGGGCAAGAGACGGGAGAGAGGGUCCGGCUCUAGUAUGAAGGUUGACGGCAGUAGUGAGGAGGAAGGUGAUGAGGCCGUUGCUGGGCCUUUGCAGAAGAUCCGCCUUGGCGCUACUAAAUCUACCGAGAUUCUUAAAGAGGAGGCAGCGAUUCAAAUCCAACGGGUUUAUAGAAAUUAUAGAAAUAUGGAGAUUGUGAGGAGGUUCCUGGGGCUCGGGCUUACCAUCGAGAGUGUUAGGGACACCAGUUUUGAGGCUAUUUCCAUCAAGUUUCGGGAAGAGGAGGUUCAGAAGGCCACCGCAAGGCUUUUGAGGCUUUGUGGGUUAUUAGAGCGUCUUGAAGAAGGGCAGGUUGAGAUUGAAAAGACUUGUAGGACUUUUCUAAGUGCUUUUUUGAUACUUGGUCAUCCGGGCGAGGUAUUGAGUGAUGAUGGUGAGAAUGAGAAAGUAGUGUUCACUGAUGGCCCGAGCCCGCAAGUACACGCUAACCUUAGCCGUUCUACACAGGCUUUGAUAACUAAAUCUAAAGAUCUCCUAAUUUCCUUUGAGUCCUUUCUAUCUUCUCCUACAUUCCCUCCGGACCAAAGCCUCUCUGCCGCGUGGGAUGCCUUCAACACAGGGUUUGCGUCCUGGAAAACUCGGGAUUCCGAAAUACUUAUCAGUACUAUGGUAGCCCAGUAUGCUGAGCUAGAUCUCAUUUGGCAAAAGGUUAAAGAUGACACGGAAGAGCACGUUGCGUCGGACUUCAAAGAAGGCAUCAGAGAGAAUCAACUUCUACUCCUUGUUCGCAUCCGGAGACUCGCCGGGGAACGGACCAGGACUUUGAUUAGACAGGCCGUCAAAGAGGCUAGAAGGACGAGGUUGCCCAAGAAAGAAAAGGGCGAUACAAGGCCAAGAGCUACUCCCACUGCUUCUGAUGGUAAUUCAGUUUCCACAGAGGACAACAACUCUUCUGUGUCUUCCGGCGCUGCCGUUUCUUCCAUCACGCCGACCGGCUCGCCUCAACCUCCUGAAACGCCACCUGGCGUAGCAGGCCAGAGCAGGUUUCCUCCAAUGGAGGACGGCGCGGUAUUCUCGAAUCGCCAGAUUGUCCAUGAGCUAGCCCUCGAUAAGAAUUUCAAGCUAAAGGCCAGAAAGAAAGGCGGGUUGGAAAGGAUGGUGGAGGAACAGACUAGGAAAGCCUUUUGGGAUGUCAUGAAGGAAGAUGUCUUGGAACGCGGAGAGUUGGCCAAGUGGAUACCGGGCAUGGCAGGGAGUGUCAGGGAGAAGCUGCUGCGGCUUUUGGAACCGACUGGUUCACUCCACAGGAUGAUCUCCGAUAGCAUCGAUAUCCAGAUCAUCGAACAACAGUGCCGUGCUGGCUCCUAUAAUUACGAGAAAUUCUUCUCUUUUGUCCUCUCCAUUCUUCCCAAGAUUUGCUCACCUGUUAGAGACGAUGACGUACAAGCACUCAUCAACGACACUGGCGACUAUAUCCAUCGUCUUCAGAGAUUAUUCGAUGUCCUGGAGCUCCUGCAAUUGGACCACGCAAACUUUCUCCUUAUGAUGUCUGCCCAAUACAUGAUACCUGAAGCAGUGCCCUAUGAGCGCCGCAUGUUCGCUGCAGACCUCGAGGCCGGCCGAACCACUCUGACUCAAGCAAAGCAAUGGCUCCUGAAGGCUAAAGAGGAGAAACUCCAAGAAGCUCGGUCACGCGAUCCGGAAAGUGUUAGUCACCCAUCCAGUAGGCCCUCAUCUACAGUGAUCUACAAUCAUGCCUUCGCGCCACUGCUUAUGUCGUUGGGUGAGCCUCUGACACUUCAACAAGUCCCCGAAACCUUCCAUCUGGACAUUGAGCGGAUCCAGGCUUAUCGCGAGGAAUUCCGGAGUCUGGUUCUCGGCGCAGCGAUGGGCAUAACUAUCAAGAAUAUUCUACGCCGCAACGUUUGUAGCUCCUGGAAGCCCCUCAAGGACCGCAUCUCCGCCGAUCUCUCCUCGGAAACCGCCCUCGAACCGUCGGCCAUAGCCCGGGACCUCUGCGCAUUCCUGCAGGAAACCGUGGCUACACCAAAGCAAGUGAUCCCCCAUGUUACCUCCGCCAUCACCCGUAUCGCAGCUAUCUCGGUAUCUCAGGAGCACCAGGACCCCGUUGUCAGAGUUGUCUCGAACAGACUCCGCGGGUUCGUCCUUGCAAGACUCAAUGCGGGGACGUCCAAGGAGAAGGUUCGGCUUGCUACGGGUGGUGGGGACACGCUUGCUAGCUUUGGUAUGGCCGAGUGGAUAUCCGAGGUUGGGGUUUUUGUGGAGAGGAGCGUUGCGUUGGCGGACUUGAAUAGGAACUGUUAUGCUCUCUGGUAUGAUGGAAUUUUGGCUUAAGCUUGCAUGGCCCUAUAAGAGCCCGGAGAUGGUGUCUCGGGGGUUGUGUUUUUGCCCGGAUGAUGGUGGGAUGUUUUGUGUUGUUGCAUUGUUUGCCCGGUUUCUCUCACUUUUGUACUUUAGUGUACCGGAUCCGGUAGUUUAGUGUAUGGUGCGCCCAUCCGCUCGUUGGCCAGGGUAUCCGUAUAAGUAUACUGGUAUUGUAUUAUAUCGUAGAAUCGAUGGUGCAUCUCACCCCCGCUGAAACCAUUUUAAAAACAGUGUUAAGUGCGGGUCGGAAUAGCGUG